UUCCAACUUAGCAUCUUGGCAGGACAUUUUCCCAAGCAAAGCCCCCAUCCGACGGCAAAAAACUUCAUCUGCACGGUGUGAGAGCGAGGAAACUAGUAAGAUAGAGAAAGAAGGAGAGAUAGAAAAGAGAGCGCAGCCACAAACAACGCUACUUUAAGCUGACAUCAACCAAAAUCAUUGCCUAAAUCUAUGUAGACUAUUCGAUUAAAUUUUCACUUUUUACAGCAAUCUUUUGAGAGGGGAACAGACAGCUGUCUGUUGAUUCCCGACUCUAUGACUGAGAUUGGACAGUGCAUGAGAAAAUAAGGGAAAAGUGCGCAAGUAAGUGGCUUACUUUCGGGUCUCCAGCAUGGCGUAUCCUCAGGGCUACUUGUACCAGCCGUCCGCUUCUUUGGCACUGUAUUCGUGCCCGGCGUACAGUACAAGCGUUAUCUCGGGACCCAGGACCGAGGAACUUGGAAGAUCUUCUUCGGGCUCGGCUUUUGCUCCAUAUGCCGGAUCUACUGCGUUCACCAGCGCUUCGCCCGGGUACAACUCCCAUCUCCCGUACAGUGCAGACGCGGCGGCGGCUGCCACAUUCACUUCUUACGUGGGUUCGCCAUAUGACCAUACCACGGGAAUGGCUGGGUCUAUAGGAUACCAUCCCUACGCAGCUCCCUUGGGCUCAUAUCCUUACGGUGACCCAGCAUACCGAAAGAAUGCAACACGGGACGCCACUGCCACCCUCAAAGCCUGGCUAAACGAGCACCGUAAGAACCCCUACCCCACCAAGGGGGAGAAAAUCAUGCUGGCCAUCAUCACCAAAAUGACCCUCACCCAAGUGUCCACCUGGUUCGCCAACGCCAGGAGGAGACUAAAGAAGGAGAACAAGAUGACCUGGACUCCCCGGAACCGCAGUGAGGAUGAGGAAGAGGAUGAGAACAUUGAUCUGGAGAAAAACGACGACGAUGAACCUAACAAGCCAACAGACAAGGGAGACUCGACAGACACAGAGUCAGAUCAUAAAUUGCUGAACCCCGGGGACAUAGCGUGCGAUAGAUUUAAGGAAGAGACCCAUGGAAAAGAAAUGGAUCCCCUCCUGAGCGACUCGGAAUUAAAAGACCAGGAGGGGCGGACAGAGUUACUGCCCGAGUCUGCAAAACCCACCACCUCCAGUCCAUCGGCAGUGCCUCGGGGGAACGAGCUCGUUGCGCAAGAGAAGCCGUCAGAAAUGAACCAUGUGCCGGGCACAGUACACAGCAAUGUAACGUCUGUUAUUCAUUCGCCUCAGUCGGCCCCUAAACCAAAACUCUGGUCUCUAGCAGAGAUCGCCACGUCCUCAGACAGGUGUAAGGGCAACAAUGAGGUGCCACAGGCCCCGGGGAUGGGUCAGAGCACAGUAAUCGCCACCAACGCAGCGUCGCCAUCACGUUCCUCCCCCCAGUGCCCUCUCCCGAACAGCACUGUCUUAUCAAGGCCUAUCUACUAUACAUCCCCUUUUUACCCGGGGUACACGAACUAUGGCGGUUUUGGACAUCUUCACAGCAACCACAGCUCCGGCACGGGCUCUACGGCACAUUUUAACGGAUUAAACCAGACUGUGUUAAAUAGAGCAGAGGCUUUGGUAAGAGAAAGCCAGAAAGUCAGAGGCCAAACGCAGGUAGAUCUUUGUAAAGACUCCCCUUAUGAACUAAAGAAAGGUAUGUCAAACAUUUAAUACCUGAUUCCUUUCCAAACACUCGGACUUUUAUUUAUUAUUUGUGGUUGCAUAAAAAAAAUGAAGCGAAUUCCGAUGACAAUUAUUUUCUGAGUAAAAUGCUUAUUCUCAAAUCUUAGGUUCUGAAUGGUAAUUCCUAAAGAUGUAACUAAAAUGGUCUUAAUCGCUGCAGCCGCCUGAGUCUAUUUGUAUUAAAGACUAAUAUGUAUAUUUAAUGUAGCAAUUUUGUAUUUAAAAUGGACAACACACUAUCUUUGAAGUAAAUUAUGA